AUGCGUCCCUUGACAGACACCGAGACCAAGACACUCUUCGAGAAACUCGCAAACUACACCGGUCGCUCCCUCAACAACCUCCUGACCGACACCGCGCCCUCCAGUGCCAAAAACUCCCAACCCGAUCGCUACGUCUUCCGGAUCCAAAAAGACAGAGUCUACUAUGUGCGAGAAUCCCUCGCGAACCUCGCGACGUCCGUAGCGCGCGACAAUCUCCUCUCCCUCGGAACGUGUCUCGGAAAGUUCACCAAGACGGGGAAGUUCAGGCUACACAUCACGGCACUGGAUGUGAUUGCGCCGCAUGCACGGUAUAAAGUGUGGGUCAAGCAGAAUGGGGAGAUGCCGUUUCUGUACGGCGGACAUGUGGUGAAGGCGCAUGUCGGCAGGUGGAGCGAGGAUGCGCCGGAGCAUGCGGGUGUGCUGGUGUUGAGCAUGAAUGAUACGCCGCUGGGCUUCGGAGUGACAGCGAGGGCAACAGCGGAGGCGAGGAAACUGGAUCCGACGGGGAUUGUUGUCUUCCGACAGGCUGAUGUGGGAGAGUAUCUGCGCGAGGAGGGCACGCUGUUCACAACAUGA